AUGUCUCUGAAGCCUCUCGUCGAUGUGCAUACUCACGUAUACCUUCCCCGGUAUGCUGCAUGGCUCCGGUCACGUUCAGUUGCGCCUAAAAUCAUGUCAGGCGAGGGGGGAGAAGAGCGACUUUUGAUCCUAGAGAACGAGCCUAGCGGUGGAAGGCCCGUGGGGCCCCAAUACUGGGAUCGCCAGGAGAAGCUCAGGUUCAUGGAUCUACACGGUAUUGAUAUAUCAUUUGUAAGCACAGCCAAUCCUUGGCUCGACUUCCUCUCUGCUAAAGAUGCGCGCGAACUUGCGUUGGGGCUCAACAGCGAUCUGGAAGAAUACUGCUCCACUGGGCCAUCGUACUCGGAUUCCGUUUUGAAGAGAUUAUAUGGACUCGGCUUGCUUCCAUUAGUACCGGGCAUCACCGUUGAGGCAAUUGUCGAAGCAGUGAACCAGAUAGCUGCUGCCCCUCAUUUGAAGGGGUUGAUCAUGGGAACAAAGGGUAUCGGUAAAGGGCUGGACGAUGAGGCGCUGGACCCUGUUUGGCAAGCCAUCGAAGCCGCCGGCUUGGUUGUCUUCCUCCAUCCCCAUUAUGGUGUGGACAGCAAUGCAUGGGGUGACAAAGAUAAUGGACACGUCUUGCCGCUGGCUUUGGGCUUCCCUUUCGAGACUACUACCGCAACAGCUCGCUUGAUCUUGUCGGGUGUAUUCGAUAGAUUCCCGUCGCUUAAAAUCCUUCUAGCACACUCCGGUGGAGCACUUCCCCAACUAUCCUCUCGCCUCGCAUCAUGUAUCGAUCACGACCCCGUCGUUGCUUCCCGUCUCAAGCACGAUGCGCGCUUCUACCUCGGUAAACUAUACUUUGAUGCGGUCGCGUAUGGCCCAGAGGAGCUUGGUUUUGUCAGUGAGGUAGUAUCACGAUCAAAGCGAUUUGAGACAGGAAGUACGAUAAAAGGAGAGGCGGACAGAAGAGAGGGGAGCCAGAGGAUGCUGUUUGGUACUGAUCAUCCGUUCUUUCCUCCCCUCACGUCGACCGAAAAAUGGAAGAGUGUUGUGGAGAAUCUGGAAGCUAUUGCGUCCGUACCAGGUUGGGGGGCAUCGGAGAAGGAUGGUGUGCGGGGUGGGAAUGCGCUGUUGUUGUUUGGAUUAUAG